GCUGCCCGGUGUGCGCAGGUGGUUGCACGUGAACCACCGUGAUGGCCAGGAGCUCAGAUGUGGUGAAGAAAGUCAUGCGGUUCAAGCAUCUGCUGUCAGACGCAGCAGAGCCUGUUACGGUCAUCCCUCAUCCCAAGGAGUCGAUACUUAUGGUUAUGAAAAUUUUGCAGAAACUGAAGGAUCUAGAUAUCACAUUAGAUAUUCUUUCUGAAACUGGAAUUGGCAAAACAGUUAAUUCCCUGCGGAGACACAAACAAGCAGGAGAAUUUGCCAAGUCGCUUGUUAAAGGUUGGAAGAAACUGGUCCCUAAGGAAUCCACAAGCCAAGGUGAUGAUGCAGCAUGGCUGGCCAGUGUUUCUGUUCAAAACAAAGAGGAUGACCAAAGCGGUUCUGAUAAUGGAAGUUUGCCGAAUGACGAUAACAAUAACUGUCCAACAUCUAAUCUUGAGGAUCAGGACGCUUUAGAUGAGCAGGCCCUUAGAGUAAAGAGUAAAAAAGAACAAUUGGAAGAGCAGAAAAGAAAACUACAUGUGGACAAGACUUAUAAAAAGCAUAAAGAAGAAAGCAAAACAAACUUUACAAAGAACAUUUCAAAAAGCAAAGCUGAACUCCAAGAGGACAAAAUGGACAACAAUGUGUCCAAGCUCAGGAAACAAAACAGCGAUACUAUGCUUGGAAGUAAAUCCUUUGAGGGUACUCAUAAAAAAUCCAAAUCUGAAUCCAGGGAAAAGUUGAAAGACACCUUUGAUAGAGAACGAGACUCAAACGCAAAAUCAAAGCCAUCAGAAGAAUCCUCAAUAAAAGACACAGAGCUUUUUACAUCCCGUGACACGCAUUUAAAAACAUUAAAAGGUACCAAAGACGAUAGACCUUUGGGGAUGUCGAGGAGCUCAGAGGCUCAAAACAGAAAAAGGAAACAGACAGACUAUGAAAAGCAUGGCGAUUUAAAAUACCAUCCAGAUCCUGAAAGUAAGAAAUUUUUAAAACACAAAUGCAAAAAGGCCAAAAUGGGGCACCAAGAUGCAGAGAGUAACGGUGAGCAGGACAAACCCUCCAUGUCUUUUGAGUCUUACUUGAACUAUGAUGUGAAUGCGCACAAGAAGAAAGAACAUUCAGGAGUGAAGAGAGCUCCCAAGAUGAUCAAGACUGGAUCAAAAGAACUAACCUCAAAAGAUCCAGGGAGAAAGCCUCGGAAGUCAUCCAAUUCUUUCCCAGAACAGAAACCCCAGGAAUCUUUAAUGCGCUUGAUGGACGUCCCAUUACCUGCAGCUCUGCCAGAACUUGAAAAGCCUUCAAACAUUGACUACUACUUUGAAAAGAAAGUUGAGAAGGAGCCUGACUUUUGCGAUGUCUCUGAGGAGUCUGCAGUCUUCACUGGUCAGCGACUGAACAGAAAGAUGCAAGUGUACUCUGGCGCCAAAACCCUUUUUCUCCCGACUAUGAUGAGCUUGUAUCAACAGUGUAUCCGCACCAUUCAGAACAAUCUAAACUUGCUUUAUGAGACUGGGGGAGUCCCGUUUGAACUUCUCGAGCCAGUACUGGAGAGGUGUACACCAGAGCAGCUGCUGCGAAUAGAGGAAUACAACCCAAUCUACAUCGGAGCGACAGACCAUUUAUGGGGAAAACACUGCCAGAGGGAUUUCAAAGACUGCAAACUUCAGGAAUAUGAGUCAUGGAAAGAGAUGUAUAUCAGACUGUCUGAGGAGAGGGAAAGGAAGCUCAAAAGACUGACAAAAACUAUUGUCUCAGCACACUCUAAGAAGCCAAAGGGACGGCAAGUGAAGAUGGCAUUUAUUCACACGGUUGCUAAGCCACCAAGAAAUGUGCGAAUUCAGCAGGAAAUUCAUGGAACUGCUGUGCAGCAGCCGCAGCAGCUCAAGGGCAGUGUUAAAUACCAGGAGAACCCAUUGAGAUCCAGUUGUAAUGAGCCCAACAGGUCCAGUAGUAGCAGCAGUAGCUCUGCCGGAAACAACAACCAAGACCCUCGCAAAAAAACAAAAGUCGCUCCAAUGAUGGCAAAGUCCUUAAAGGCAUUUAAGAAGCAGUUGGGACGCAGAUGAACUCUGACGCUUCUAUUUUCAAGUUGCAGAUGUGAAGAAAAUUUACCUUUAUCAAUAACUUCUAACUAUAUUGGGUCUCUUUAAUAUGACAUACUGAAAUUAAGGCGAUUGCCAUUCUUUUCUGUUUGCUCUCAACGCUAUUAAAUUGAGAAUGAAGUCUGCAAAUUGAA